AUGUGUGGAAUUUUCGGUUACAUCAACUACCUCGUGGAGAAGGACCGCAGGUUCAUCAUUGACACACUUCUUAAUGGCCUCUCCAGAUUGGAGUACCGUGGUUACGACUCGGCUGGUAUGGCCGUCGAUGGCAACAAGAAGAAUGAAGUCUGUGCAUUCAAGGAAGUUGGCAAGGUGGCCAAGUUGAAGGAACUCAUUGAGCAGAGCUCAGAGGACAUGACCAAGACCUUUGAGUCUCACGCUGGUAUCUCUCACACCCGUUGGGCUACCCACGGAACCCCCUCCCGCCAGAACUGCCACCCCCACCGUUCUGACCCCAACUGGGAGUUCUCCGUGGUUCACAACGGUAUCAUCACCAACUAUAAGGAAUUGAAGGCUCUGUUGGAGAGUAAGGGCUUCCGCUUCGAGACCGAGACCGAUACCGAGUGCAUUGCUAAGCUCGCGAAAUACCUUUACGACCAACACCCCGACAUCGAAUUCACAGUCCUGGCCAAGGCAGUCAUCAAAGAGCUUGAGGGUGCCUUUGGUUUGCUGCUCAAGUCGGUCCACUACCCCCAUGAGGUCAUUGCGGCCCGUAAGGGUUCACCCCUGGUCAUUGGUGUGAAGACCUCUAAGAAGAUGAAGGUGGAUUUCGUGGAUGUUGAAUAUUCCGAAGAUGGUGUCCUUUCUGCGGAGCAGGCCUCCCAGAACGCGGCAGCCAAGAAGUCUGCCACAAGCCUCCUUGCCCCUCCCGACAAGUCGCUCUUGCACCGCUCCCAGUCACGGGCGUUCCUGUCCGACGAUGGCAUCCCCCAGCCCGUCGAGUUCUUCCUGUCUUCUGACCCAUCUGCCAUUGUGGAGCACACCAAGAAGGUGCUCUACCUUGAGGAUGACGAUAUCGCCCACAUCCACGAGGGACAGCUUAACAUCCACCGUCUGACUAAGGAUGACGGCACCUCUAACGUCCGUGCUAUCCAGACCAUUGAGCUCGAAUUGCAGGAGAUCAUGAAGGGCAAGUUCGAUCACUUCAUGCAGAAGGAAAUCUUCGAGCAGCCCGAGUCUGUCGUUAACACUAUGAGAGGUCGUCUGGAUGUGGUCAACAAGAAGGUCACUCUUGGUGGUCUUCGUCAGUAUAUCUCGACUAUCCGUCGCUGCCGACGAAUCAUUUUCAUUGCCUGUGGCACCAGUUACCACUCUUGCAUGGCUGUGCGUGGUAUCUUCGAAGAGCUCACUGAGAUUCCUAUCGCAGUCGAGCUCGCCUCCGACUUCCUUGACCGACAGGCCCCAGUGUUCCGUGAUGAUACCUGUGUGUUUGUCUCUCAGUCGGGAGAGACCGCUGAUUCCCUGAUGGCUCUUCGCUACUGUCUGGAACGUGGCGCCCUGACCGUUGGUUGUGUUAACGUUGUCGGAUCUUCUAUCUCUCUUCUCACCCACUGCGGUGUACACAUUAACGCUGGUCCCGAGAUCGGUGUGGCCUCAACCAAGGCAUACACCUCUCAGUUUGUGGCAAUGGUCAUGUUCGCUUUGUCGCUGAGUGAAGAUCGUGCCUCUAAGCAGGAGAGGCGUGAGGAGAUCAUGGAGGGUCUUGGACAGAUCUCCGAGCAGUUCAAGUCGAUCUUGAAGCUCAAUGAUCCGAUCAAGGAGCUGUGUGCCAAGUUCAAGGACCAGAAGAGCUUGCUGCUGUUGGGCCGUGGUGCUCAAUUCCCCACUGCUCUUGAGGGUGCCCUGAAAAUCAAGGAAAUCUCAUACCUCCACUGCGAAGCUGUGAUGUCCGGCGAAUUGAAGCACGGUGUUUUGGCUCUUGUUGACGAGAACCUUCCCAUUAUCAUGAUUCUCACCCGUGACAACCUAUUCACCAAGUCUUUGAACGCAUACCAGCAAGUCAUUGCUCGUGGUGGUCGCCCUAUUGUCAUCUGCAACAACGAUGACCCCGAGUUCUCCAACGCUCUAACCGAGAAGAUCAGCGUGCCCAAGACUGUGGAUUGUCUUCAGGGUCUGCUCAAUGUCAUCCCAUUGCAGCUGAUCUCUUACUGGCUUGCAGUUGCUGAGGGACUGAAUGUCGAUUUCCCUCGUAACCUGGCCAAGUCGGUCACUGUCGAGUAA